CUGCCCGCUCCCCUGCCCUGCCGACGCGGUUACUUCCGGUCCUAUAUAAGACCAAACUCAACCGCCACUCUCUUCCCUCACUUAUCUUCUUCUUCUUCGCUCAUUUCCCCCUUUCCCUUCUUCUCUUUCUCUGCUACGACGUCAGCCGAUUCCGUAUCCCAAAACCUCCGAUCAACCAGAAAGAAACGAAGAACUAGCAACCGCACAAUGCAGGACGUCCCCCACUUCAUCUUCGGGAUUCUGGGUAUUGUUCUCUGCAACUCUUCUUUCCCCUCCUUCUCCUUCGCAAUCUCUUUCUUUUUUUCCCUCGUUUUGCUGAUUCUCCGUUCCCUUUUGGUCGUUGAAUUGCUUACAGGCAACGCCUUCGCUCUUUUCCUCUUCCUCGCACCAACGAUUACUUUCAAGCGGAUAAUCAAGAACAGGACGACCGAGGAAUUCUCCGGCGUCCCCUACGUGAUGACGCUGCUCAACUGCCUGCUCUCGGCCUGGUACGGGCUCCCGUUCGUCUCCAAGAACAACCUCCUCGUCUCCACCAUCAACGGCACCGGCGCCGCCAUCGAGAUCGUCUACGUCCUCCUCUUCCUCGUCUUCGCCCCCAACAAGGUGAGGGCCAAGAUCGGCGGCCUCUUCGCCGCCGUCCUCGGCGUCUUCGCCGUCGUCGCGCUCGUCUCCGUCUUCGCCCUCCACGGCAACACCCGCAAGCUCUUCUGUGGCAUCGCCGCCACCGUCUUCUCCAUCAUCAUGUACGCCUCCCCUCUUUCCAUCAUGAGGCUGGUGAUCAAAACGAAGAGUGUGGAGUUCAUGCCAUUUUUCCUGUCACUGUUCGUGUUCCUGUGCGGCACUUCCUGGUUCGUGUUUGGGCUCCUCGGCGGCGACCCUUUCAUCGCCAUACCUAAUGGGUUCGGGUGUGGAUUGGGAGUGAUGCAACUGAUCCUCUACUUCAUCUACCGUAACCACGACGGCGGGGAAGACAGCAAGAAGGGCGGCAAUGCAGAGAAGGAAUCGGCGAUGGAGAUGGGCUCCCAGAAGAAACCCAGGCAAGGAGGCAACCAUAUUAAUGGCAACGCUGGACCACGAGCUGCUGGCCCGCCAACCGCCAUCAAUGGAUCCCAAGAUGAGCAAGUGUAGAAGCAAGCGAGAGAAAGAAAGAACGGCAAACUUUCAGCCAGAAAGGUUUUUUGGGGAACUUGGUCUCUUCGGUUUGUAAUUUCCCCCAUUAUAUUUCUCAUACUGUAGAGCUACUAUAAAACACCAGCUUAGUGUAUUAGAGGGAUAAUGUACGUAGCUGGCUGCCGAUUGUGAUGAUCGCAAGCCCCUGCACAAGGAAGAAUUUUCAUCCGCCAAAUGAAAAAUAAAAAAGGAAAAGGAUUGACUUGGCAAAACACUAGAGUGGAACAGUUUUACAAUUCUUUGCUUUGUUCGCAUAGAAUCAUAUGGGAGAACUUGCCAAAUUUUGCAAUAUUUGAUCCCAAUUUUAGGUGGUCGACAACAACAAAAAAAUGUCACCAUUGUGGUCCUAAUUAACCAGCUAAGCUAAGUCAGGAGUCAGGACCAGUACCAGGACUAGGACAUAUGCAUGAUUUACAUGUGUAUGUUAGGCGCAACAUACAUGCAAGGUGUCGAUUUCAUAUAUGCAAACCAAAAGUUGUUGGGGGC